ACGUUCGAUUUCACAAGAAUAUGUGAGAUGUGUAUUAGGAAUAAAGAUUACAAAUCGCGAGCAACGCGAAAUGUACAAGGACAACUUAAUCGAAGAAUGAAGUGGGAUUUUGGAACCGUGCAAAAAGGUGAUAACCCUACUAAAUGUGUUGUUCUGAACCUUCCAGUAUUUCAAAUUAACAUCCCAAUAAGCGAUGUAUUUUGGGAUCCCACUGAUCCCAGCCAUUGGAUAUGUUCCAUUGCCUCCUACUCUAUUGCCAAGGGUUUUUUUACCAUUGACCUAUAUAUUAAUUCAGCAGGUGAUUUUAGAAUCUCAAAGAGAUUGGUGAAUGAAAUACUCUUAAACAAUGAUGGAAUUGGGAAAGGUCUAAUUGAAAAUAUUUGGACAAUUGGAAUUGGACUAAUUGGAAUCAUCUAUUCCAAGUCCAAUUGUAUUUGGACAUUAAAGGAAUUUGGAAUAGUCCACUUUGUCCAAUUUCCAAUAGUCCAAUAA